CUGCGCAUGCGCAGCCGAGUCCAGAUCCAGAGCCGCGAAAUCCGGUCCGGGAAUCCGGAGUUCCCGCUCUCGGAGAGGGUUAGCUAGGCUUGUUCAAACCGCGUCCCGCUAACAGCCCCCUCCCGCGGUACCGCCGCCCGUUAAGGCUAGCGUCCAGGCCGCGCACCGACUCUUCCUCCAGACACUCGCUGCUGACGGAGCCCUCUGUCCGUCCGGACCUCCCCGGCGGCCGCGGAUCUUUCCGGACCGACGGAGCUAGCCGCUCCGCGCAGCCAAAAUGGCGGACGUGGAGGACGAGAGCAGAACAAUAAGAAUCGUGGAGCCCACCCGGAACCGCCUCGGCCCCGGCGCAGCGCCGCCGCCCCCCGACCAGCCCGCGGUGCCGGGAGAGCAGGUACCGGUCGCCGCCGCCGAGCGCAGCGGGGACGGCCUGCAGAUGGACCCCGCUGCAGAAAGCGCGCCGGCGGGCUUCGGGGACCUGGCGGACCUAAGCAACACCACCAUCCUGUACGUGCAGCCCGACGGGAGCCUGGUGGAGGGCAGCGGGCUGACGGCCGAGGAGCAGCAGGCGGUUCUGACCCAGCUCAGCAAGCAGCAGGUCGUGCAGGUGACCGACACCGAAGCCGCGCAGCUGCUGCAGCAGAGCCAACUGCUGAAACCGGUCCAGAACACGGCUCUGGAUCCGAGCCAGCUGCAGCAGGUCAUCAACCAGGUCACCAGGGCCCAGAGCCAGGUCCAGGUCUCACAGCAGAACCAGAACAACGCCUCCCAUCAGCUCAAGAGUGUGGCGCAGCAGGUUGCCAUGCAGAGUGGGGGCUCGGUUCAGACAGAACCGGUGAGGAUCCAGAUCCAGGUUCCCUCCAAACUGGAAGGGAGGUCUGCCGCUGCCCCCCAGCAGAAGGUUGUGGGUUCGAGUCCCCAGCAAGUGAAGCUGCCGGCCAGCAACAGCGCGCAGAUCAUCCACAUCCAGCCGGUGGUCAGUCAGACGGGCCAACAGUUCUUUCUGCAGCAGAACCCGGGCGACCCGCCCAUCCAGCUACUUCUGCAAAGCCCUGCCCCAGUCGUCGGCUCCCUGCUGCCGUUGGUUCAGAAGCUGACGGGUGCUAGCCCGGUUCCCAGUCAGAAACCGCCAGGGACAGCCAUCCGGGUCGCACCUGCAUCAGUAGUCAAAGCCCCGCCUUCCACCUCCAUCAGUACCAUCAGCAUCCCUCUUGUUAAACCGCCCCACAAUGGUGGAGUGACCUCUGCUGGCAAAGCCCCCGAUAAACCGCCCACGGUCCCGGCAGCAGCUCCGGUUCAGAUCGCUGCACAGGCCGUGGCGAAGCCAGACAUUUUGGCCACGCCCAUUGUUAGAAAGGAGAGGGACAAGGAAAAGGAGAAAAAGGUGAAAAAGAAGGAGAAGAAAGCCGCCAAGGUCCAAACUCGCUCAGGUCGGGUCUCGCGACCCCCCAAGUACAAAGCCAAGGACUACAAGUUCAUCAAGACCGAGGACCUGGCGGAUAGCCACCAGUCGGACUCUGACGACUACUCCGACAUGAGCGUGGAGGACGAGGACGGGGAGGGCUCCCGGAGAAACGGGUCUGGCCCCAACAGUGGCCCUGCCCUCUCCUACAGCCACAAGUCCCGGUCCCACCGCUGUCAAACCUGCGACAAGGCUUACAUCGGCCUCGGAGGCCUAAACCGGCACUACAAGCUGAACCCGACCCAUGGAGAACCCGACCUGAGCAGCACGCCGGUUACCCCCAACGAAGACAACCAAUCAGAGGAGAGGAAGCAGCAGCAGGAGGAGGAGGGAGGUGGGGAGGAGGAGGAGGGUGAGGACAGACCUGCUGCCAUGGAAACCAGCAGGACGGGCGGGGGCCCUGCGUCCGCCGUGGGAAUGCGUGGCAUCCAUCAUCGGGGCCCAGGACGCCCCCGAGGACGGGGCAGGGGGAGAGGAAGAGGGAGAGGGAGAGGCCGGCCCCUGGGGCUGCCAUCGAAGUUCUCUCAGGUAGCAGUGAGCCUCAUGAGCAAGCGGGGUAGGCGGGGUCGGCCUCCAAAACUUGGUGCGCCCAUGGUAACAACGGAGCAGCAGGUGGAGAGGAGGCGUGAGCGUUUGCAGGAGCUGGCCGAACGCUGUGAUGAUGAGGAGCUCAUGGACAUCGUGCUUCCUCGUCUAACCAAGGUGCUGAGUCUGUGGGAGCUGCUCCUGGCAAAGGUGGAGCGGAGGGGUUCGGCUUCCUCUCAGUUUCCAGCCAUUUAUCAAGAAUUUGAGACCCUGCAGGCUCAGGUGCGACAGGCUGCCCAGGAGUACAUCACCUGUCCUCAGGGGGGAGCCACUCCUCUGGAGGUCAGGAACAUUGAGGUGGCCCGGUCGCUAGGAAUCCUCGAUGAGGUCAACAGGAUGAAAGUGGUUCCAGGAACAUCUCCAAGUUCAAGUGUGACUAGCAAGAACGUGCGAUACUUGGGGAACUCCAAGAUGCUACCACCAUCCAAGAGGUUCAAGAUGGAGAACAGCAUUCCAGUUCAGCAGAACGGCACAGACAGGACUCAGACAGGCAGUACCACCAUCACCUCUUUCCCGCCGCUGAACUGCCCCCUAAAGACCUGCUCCGUGUCUGUUUCACCUCUGGUGCUGUCAGCCGGAUCGAAACUGUUGUCCUCCAGUUCCUCCGGUUCUGUGCCUUCCAGCCAGCCGCCACCUCCUGCCAGCCCUGUUGAAGUGGGUCCAGCUGAUGGUUCUGAAGGUGCAGACCUGGUCCUAACCACCCCUGAAAUCACAGCCCAUGUGACUGAGCUGGAGACCAUGCUGGGUUCCUCCUCUGAUGCCAGCACAGAAAAGAAGACAUCUACGCCCGGAUCCACUAAGACCACGGAACCUGGAUCCACUAAGACCACGGAGUCUGGAUCUGCUCAGACAUCUGGCCCCGCUUUAAUCCAGAAUUUGACUGAGAUCCAGCAGACUGAGUUCCCCUCCCAGACCCAGUGUGGAGCAAAAGAACCAUGCGAGUCUAAAGAACUGCAGGAGGGUCAGGAGAUCUACAUUCAGACAGAGGGGCUGACGGUCCAGCUGGCAGAGCCGGGCUCAGACGGCAUAGUCAUUGUAAAUGGACCGGAUGGAACCACCAUGCAUAUCCAGACCCCAGAAGGGAUUCCUCUGGAGGCCGUCCAGGCCCUGCUCGGCAUCGAAGCAUCAGAUGGCGCCAAAGCUCCUCACUGAACCUCGGUGAGAGCUGAGACGGACCAGAACCUCGUCCGAACCCGAGGAUUUUAAAGUAUCAGAUGGAUGGAAAUCGUGAACUUUAUGUAGAACGGUCAGUCCGGUCUGACAGCAGCUCCGUCUGCUCUCCCGCUGUACCCUCAUCUACCUGCAGGGGGCGUGAGGGGGUCCACCCUGCUGGGCCGGGUCCUCUGGGGUUCCCGCCUCUCCUGGUUCCUGACCUGCAGUUCCCCGUCAUCAUCAGCUGUCGGACGCGUCCUCAUUUGCAGACCGACAAUCAGUGUUCCAUGGUGCAUCAGCGCCCCCUGCAGUUUUUAGAGGGAGUGGGCUCGGCCCGUGUUCAGUGUUUCAUGUUUGGACUUGAAUGUAGAUGCUGGUGUGUGAAUGUUUAUAUGUAGAUACAUGUGUAGAACCAAGUCUAAAAGAGUUGCACUAUUUUAUUACUUUUGAUAAAAUCCAGCGUUCACGAGCGGAACCGAACGAUUGGACCGAUAAGCUGAGCGCAGCAUGGAGGACGGUCUCUGUCAUUGAAUGGUCCGUGCAGCAUGCAUCCUGUUCCCAAUAAAGCAGUGUGUCGCA